AUGGCUGAAGAAGAGAACACCCGUUGUGGCACACCUUUCAUCGGGAGCGUGUGUGGCGGGACCAACACCGGCACUCGCCGUCGCAAGCGCAGCCAAGUGAAGAAAGGACCUUCCCAGCUGGCGAGCGCCAAGGGCGACCGGCGUCGACCCCACCAGUCGCCGCACCCGCAGCCCACGGCCACCCCUGGCCAGGUCAAGCCCAAGUUCAAGCCUCACUCCUAGCCAUAAGUGAACCUGCAGGCCAAGCUGCACACCACGCCCCACUCCAAACUGCACUCGAAGCCGGCAAAGCCGAACGACAAGCCGCUCCCCAAGCCCCACACCAAGCUCCAGGUGAAGAUCCUCAGCAAGUCGGACGGGAAGAUGGCCGCAAAGCCGGGCAAGCCAAAGCCAAAGCCGUCUUCCAGCUCGGAGUCGUCUUCGGCGUGCAACGGAGACGUAAUGCCGGAGCAGCAGUGGGAGGAGCAUCCAGGCGCGGCAGUGGUGCGAAUGGACCACGCGUACUGGGGCACGGUGCGGACUCCCUGCGAGGAGGACGAGGGCAGCGACCUGGAGGAGUGGUGCGGGGACCGAGCGGAACGCAGGGGCCCCGUGCCGUGCCAGGCGGUGAUAGCCACGCCCCCUUUUCCCUACGUAUAUAUGCCGUUGCUGCCAAACACAUCGUCGGUGGUCGAAGUCGCGGAUCCGGUGCGCCACCCACGAUGGAGACGGCAGGGGCAGCGACGGCGAGCCCGCGCGUCCACCAGCGAGGACGACGAAGAGGAUGGAGAGGAAGAGGAAGGGGAGGGGGAAGAGGAGGAGGAGGACGACGACGACGAGAAGAACGAAGAGGAGUGGCAUCCCAAGGCGAAGUCGCGGCCACACGGGCGCCGCACCGCGAGACCGUCGGUCGAGACAGAUGUGGAGCGGCGCCUUGCCCUGAAGCACAUCCGUGCCCUCCGCGCCAAGCGCAAAGAUGAGCGGGGCCCCCUGGUGUGCAAGAUCUGCAAGAGGAAGGUGUUCACCGUCCAGGCAACACUCAUGUACCACCACCGCAGUCACGCGGACAUCAAGCCGUUCAACUCCAAGAUCUGCGAGGCGACAUUCACCCGGCAGCACAGCUUCAACAUCCACAUGCUGAUCCACAACAACAAGAGUCGCUUUGCGUGCGAGGACUGUGGCCGCCACUUCCGGCACCCGUCCCACUUCAAGGAGCACCUGAGACGCCACACGCGAAAGACCCCCUACCAAUGCACAGACUGCAGCCAGAGGUGCAACUUUAAAGGUUCAUUUUUCUGGCAAAAGAACACUUACAAGCGGCACCUCAAGACUUGCCACGGCAAGACCCUGACGGCUCAAGGCAUCCUGUCUCUCGGAGAGGCACGAUCGUCCAAGCUGGCCGCCACGUGUGCAUAGCAUACAACGAUUCCCUUGUACAGGAAACACACACAAAACGAACACAAUGCCAUUUCGUA